AGUAUAUGACCACUAGAGGCGCUGCUCGUCUGUGUGGCUGCUGGUUUAAAUGAUUUCACCAACACGGCUACAGCAGCAUUCACACACAAUUACAUGAAACGGACCACAAACUGGAAUAACCGAAUUCAACACUCCGAAUGACACCGACGGUGAACAAGAGUUCUUCUCGGGAAAUGGAUGUGAUGAGUUUAGCCUUAGCUCGUCAGCCUGAUAACCUUCAAGAGCCGAAUGUCUUCAAAGAUAAAGACCCAGACUGCCAGAAUGGUUCCGAGAAAGAGGAGGAACCUCUGCUCCGAGAGAACCCCAGACGGUUUGUCGUCUUCCCCAUCCAGUACCCUGAGAUCUGGAAGAUGUACAAGCAAGCACAAGCCUCGUUCUGGACCGUGGAGGAGGUGGAUCUAUCCAAAGACUUGCCACACUGGGAACGUUUGAAACCGGAGGAGAAACACUUCAUCUCCCAUGUCCUAGCCUUCUUUGCUGCAAGUGACGGUAUCGUCAAUGAGAACCUGGUGCAGAGGUUCUGCCUGGAGGUGCAGGUCCCUGAAGCUCGCUCGUUCUACAGCUUCCAGAUCCUCAUAGAGACUGUUCAUUCAGAGAUGUACAGCAUGCUCAUCAACACUUAUGUCAGCGAACUGAAAGAGAGAGACUAUUUAUUUAACGCCAUUCAGACGAUGCCUUGUGUGAAACGAAAAGCAGACUGGGCCCUUCAGUGGAUAAAUGACACCAAAUCCACAUUUGGGGAGCGACUUGUGGCUUUUGCGGCAGUGGAGGGGAUCUUCUUCUCUGGCUCAUUUGCUGCCAUCUAUUGGCUCAAGAAGAGAGGAUUAAUGCCUGGUCUUACCCACUCCAACGAGCUGAUUAGCAGGGAUGAGGGCCUGCACUGUAACUUUGCCUGCCUGCUGUACAGCUACCUGGUGAAUAAACCAUCAGAGGACCGGGUGAAGGACAUAAUCACCAAAGCUGUUAGCAUUGAGCAGGAGUUUUCGACAGAGGCCUUGCCAGUGGAUCUCAUAGGAAUCAACUGUUGUCUGAUGAAGCAGUACAUCGAGUUUGUGGCUGACCGGCUUCUCGCUGACCUCGGACUGGCAAAGGUAUACCAAGUGGAAAAUCCAUUUGACUUCAUGGAGACCAUUUCACUAGAGGGGAAAACCAACUUCUUUGAGAAACGAGUAGCAGAGUAUCAGAGAUUUGGGGUGAUGUCAAGCAUGAAAGACUGUGAAUUCACUCUGGAUGCAGACUUCUGAAAUGGAGAUGACCUACUGUUACGCAAUAUUAAUAUCUAUUUAUUUACUUAAAGCUGUUGACAUUAUUACAAUAGACAAAUGAAUGGUUGUCAGGUUACAGUUUAUAAAAGGGAAUGAUAAUUACACCUGGAGUUAAUUAGCAGCCAAUACAGUCUUCAAAGUGAAACUGAGUAAACAAAUGGAUCCUUCAAGCCCUUCCCAUGGCUGUUUUUGUUACCUUUACAAGGCAGGCAUGUAAAUAACAUGACAUACCUUUUGGUUAAAUAUAAAUGUCUUGAUUCUUCUGUACCUCAUUGGAUAUUUGAAGAUAAUCAUUCUAAAUCAACCAAGAAUGAAAUCUAAAGGAUUGCCACUACAGUCAGCAGUUCUGGCAGCUGGCCCCAAUACUUGACUUUGCUAUUAUAAUGUUGUAAUUUUUUAAUUGUACAUUAAAAUGUUUUUUAUCGUG